UAUAUGCAAUGUAACUACGGCUACGCAAUUAAGAGCGCUGCGGGACAUCUAGCCAUGAGAGAUAUGUCAGCCAUCAGCAUCAGACUAAGUGCUGCAACUGUAGAAGAAAUCACAGAAUCAGACUACAAACUGUCGUAGUUGGAGUAAAUGAAAAGGGGCAAGUAGCUGCUAUAAGAGGAGCGCGGCAGAAUAAAUGGUGCCAACCCGCACUUAGCUGUACCAAAAGUGGCUUCAUCUUGGCCACUGAUAACGCUAAUGGUCUCGACUCUAUGUGACGCUGUAUCCGUGAUUUUAUCGCUGUUAUAAUAUUUGGAAAAGGAUGCAUAAUAUUAUCUUUUUUAUCUGUGCUUGACGUCGAGAUCUUCAUCAUCGACAAAUUUAUCUUCGAGUCCUUUCCGCCACAAUACUAUAUUACUAAUCUUGUACCGAACGACAUCGUUUAAGUUACAGUUUAGUGAUUGGAUUGCCAAUUUUCCACCUCAAUCAUAUUUUUCGUUCUUCGUAUAAUUUUAGUUCAUAUUCGAUAGUUCGUAAUCGAUUUCCUAUUCGUAGCAUUGAUUGUUUAUUUCGUAUGCCGUUGUUGCGUGUCUCACACUGGUUGUUUUUUUUAAAUGUUGACAAGUGCAUAUAAAUUUGCUGAACAAAUCGACGUUUUACGUUGUGUUUAUAACACGAUAGCAUUCAUAUUCGACUUCACGUGUUUGUGAAAAUGUCGAAUUUUGAACUGCAAGGAACAAGACUUAGUGACAGCAGUGAAGAUGAAAGUUCUGUUGUAGAGUCAGAGCCAUCAAGGAAGCGACUGCACUCUGAAUUUAUUCUCGAUGGAACGGAGAGCAGUGAAGAUGAAAGUUCUCUUGAGCCUCCGAGGAAGCGCGUGCGUAAUUUGGAUGGAACAGAUCGGAGCAGCACAGACCACAGCCUGCCAGUUGAUGAUUUUCAACUGAGUGAUGAUGAAGACAGUCCAGUCCAGCAUACUGAGACAAAUUUAAUGGACAACAUGGUGAAGCUUGCCAAAUCUGAAAGCUUUUUUGACCCCAAGGGUCAGAAGAUGAUGGAGCGAAUGGGCUACAGGGCGGGUCAUGGCUUGGGAAAGCAUGGCCAGGGUAGAGUAGAUCCAGUAGAGAUGUCUCUUCAUCGUGGCAGACGAGGUUUGGGUUUACACAUAAAAGGACUAGAAGCUGCGACCCUUAAAUGGAAUAGUAAUCUUGAGGUGAUAUCAGUUGAAGAAACUGUCUCAUGGCUUGAAGACAUGUCGCAUGAAACUUUGACACAGGAUGUACUCCAUGCAUGGAUCAAAGAAGGAAGCAAAAAAGAAACAAUUGAUGAUGAAACAAAUUUCUGUGAUCCAAAUUUACUAAAGAAUGUACUUGAUUCUAAGAGUGUGUUUGAUAAACUCCAGCCGGAAGAAAUGCAAAGGGCUAGAACGAGGUCUAAUCCAUUUGAAACAAUUAGAGGUGCAUUCUUUCUGAAUCGAGCAGCUAUGAAAAUGGCUAACAUGGACAGAGUUUUUGAUUUUAUGUUCACGAAACCAAAAGGUGAACACAAUGAAGAAGUGGUAGGUCCCAGUGACUUACUGUACUUUGCAGAUGUAUGUGCAGGCCCAGGUGGUUUCUCAGAAUAUGUUCUGUGGCGCCGAUCCUGGAAGGCAAAGGGAUUUGGAUUUACUCUUAAACAUGAGAAUGAUUUUCGCCUACAGGAUUUUUAUGCUGGUCCAUGUGAAACAUUUGAACCGCAUUAUGGCCAUAAUGGGGUGGAUGGAGAUGGAGAUAUCUAUAAACCCGAUAACAUAACAGAUUUUUCAAAGUUUGUAAUGGAUCACACUCACAACAUAGGUGUACAUUUUAUGAUGGCUGAUGGUGGUUUCUCAGUAGACGGAAAAGAAAACAUCCAGGAGAUAUUGUCAAAACAGCUAUACUUGUGCCAGUUCCUGGUAGCCUUGUUAAUUGUGAGAAAAGGUGGUAACUUUGUGUGCAAACUGUUUGACCUGUUCACUCCAUUCAGUGUGGGAUUGGUGUACCUCAUGUACAAAUCGUUUCAGAGGAUUAGUAUCCACAAACCUAAUACAAGCCGCCCGGCAAAUUCCGAAAGGUACAUAAUUUGCCAAUGGAAGCGAGAAGACUGUAAGGAUAUUGCUGACUACUUGUAUCAUGUAAAUGAGUUGCUGUGCAAAUUUAGUUCAGCUUCAAAUUCAAACAGGGAUAUUGUGGAGGUGGUACCCCUUGAAGUUCUAACCUCCGAUGAUAAUUUCUUUAACUACAUAGUAUGUUCAAAUAACAGCCUGGGAGAGCGACAAGUUGUGAAUCUAGUGAAGAUAGCUGCAUUCUGUCGGGAUACUAAUCUAGUCGAGACACAGCAAGCAGAGAUGAAGCGUCAGUGUUUAAGUUACUGGGAAGUGCCUGACAAAGUGCGAACUGCUCCCCCCAGAGUUGCUCCUGAAACAAAGUGUGAUGAUAUUCUCAAGAAAAUCAAAGCUGGUCCUUCAGGGCUUCUGUCUGCGAAGGAGUCUGAGUUGGGACCUGAAAUUCUUGAACAUGUCUUCAAAUCAGUGUAUGAUUGGCACUGCAUUGUUCUAGGAAGCUCUCGGGACAAGAAGGACUGUUCAUUUUACCUCGGUUUGGGGCGCAACAGAGUGUUCAGGCUUGAUGGCAAUCGGUGGCUCAAAGUAGAUCACCUGGAACUGAGUCCAGAUACACUUCUGUAUGGAGAAAUAGUGAUGGAACUCAGGGGUGAAGGCAGGUCACAGUGCAAGUUCACAACACUGCACAUCAUUGAUGCCAUCUUUCUUGGAGGCAUAGAUAUAUCAGGAGAACAUCUCACAUUAAGAAACAAACUGUGCUCCCAGUUUGCAGAAGCCCUUAACAAGGAUAGCAGGUUAGACCUCACAUCUAUCCAUGUGAAGAAGCUGUAUGACCUGGAAUUUGUUGAGGAAAUAUUUGACAAGUUAAAUCAACGAAUGAUCAAAGGAACAGGAGGCAGUUAUCGCCUGGCAUAUGAAACUGGUGACAGAUUCUUCUUACCACAUGGACUGAUGUUCUUGAAGGCAACUCAGGAACCUUGGAUGAGGCACAUGAGCCGUAGUACUCAUCUUCACUAUUAUUUUAGUCCGUUCAAAAAGGAUUCUAAAUUUGACAAAGAUCGCCCCAAAGAAGCAUGUUCCAGUACCUUGAAUUGUUUUAAGAAUCGACAUAUCUGGUGGUGGGAACAAGGUGUCAAAGUUCAUGAUUCCCACACAGCAGAACAAGGUAAACUGCAGAGGGACCAGCUUUUAUCUUUUGUCCACAGGAAGUGCAUCCACAGAACAGAAAUGAGAUGAGACGAGUAUCAAGUGACAGUUUAACAGAUAGCAAGUCGUUUGUUUUUUGAAUCAUGCCUACACAAAUAUUACAACAGAAAUCAUUGCAUGUGGUGGCACAUUCAUUGUUUUAGAAAGUAUUUAACAGGCCCACAGAGUUCUACUUGUGGGUGAGUAUUUUAAGUAAUGUCAUCAAGGAAUCAUAUAAUUUCAGAUAUAUUACAAUAACUCCUUCCAUUAAUGUUGUAUUCAGAAAUACUGGGAACAGCACCAAUGUUAUAGUUGGCAGGACCAGUUGUUCUAGAUGUCUGUACAGUCUAAAAUUUGACUGUAGGCGUGUUUUGAUUAAAUAUGGUAUUGAAUAUAUACAUAAAAUUUUUCUAGCAGAUUUUCUGUUUUGCCACAUUAAUUUGUCAUUGUUGCCAACAUACAGUAUGAUGGAAGGAAUGUCAAACUGCCAUAGUACUACAACCAGUCAUGAUAUGUAUAGUAGAUCCUUACUGAUUAUCCCAUCAGUAACUUUGUGUCUUAAAUAAAUGGCAGUUGUUUAGGGACUGGGACCUUAUGGUAGUCACUGGAGUUCAACAGGUGGACUCUCAAAUGGUAGUGCCAAAUGAAAAAAAAGUAUCUUGUUUUUCAAGUUCAUAAUGAUUUGUCUGAUUCUGAUGAAAUUUAACUCGGUUAACCUCUACUAAAAAUUAUCAGCACUGAUGCUAAAUGUACUGUUACAGCAGACAUGCCCAUCCGUGAUAUACUGAAAGUUUUUGAACCUUCUUUACUUGAAAUUUUGUUAAAUCGGUGGUUCCUAUACUUUUUUCCAUUGACAGAGCACUUGGACAUAAUGGUGCUGUCUGCAGAACAUGGCACAAAUGUGUUUUUUUGUUAUCCUUCAAAUUAGGAACAAUGUUACUAGUGAUAAAUAUGGUGUGCUAUACUUCUGAACAAAUUAGAAUAAUUAUCAUUUAAUUUUGAAUUGGAUAAGGACUACCAUUCCUCCCUUUAAAUUGUUGAACACCUUGUUCCAACUCAUGGAACACCAGUGUUCUGAGGGAGCAUAGUUUGGGAAUCACUGCACUAAAUGAUGAUCAAUUUUCUGUUCAGCAGUGAAUGUUGCAUUAGAUUUUUGCACUACUGGAUAGUUCCUAAUAUAUAAAGUUGCCAUUUAAGGCCUUUCUAUUUCCCUUUAACCAUAUAUGUUUACGCAGACUUCAGUCAUAUAAUAUGGGCCAACAAAAACAUUACUAGAAUUUUUCAUUUGCCUUAGUUGGUAUCUGUAUAUCCUGCUCUAGUGCUUCAGUACCCUUUUGGUAUGCAAGAUGUGAUUUUUCUGUCUCAUGUGAAUAAAUUAAUUGAUUACCAUGUUUCCAUCUUC